CAGGCCGUCGUUCUGCGCGUGACCGCUCCAGACCCAUUUGACCAAAACCAGCUCGUCCAUUCUUCUGCCUCGCAUCCGCAUCGUCCCGCUGCCCCGUCCGCUCGUCUGCACUGCGGUGCUCCAGCCCAACCACCACCCAGUCCAGCAUCGCCGUUGGCGUCCCCUGUCGCUCAACAAGCCGACCCCUGCCGGCUGUCUCGCCCGCUGCUCUGGCCGAUCAUCUGCCUCCUCGGACCGCACAAUGAAGUCGCUUGCGCUCUAUCUCGAGUCUCUUCCGCAAUGGAAGAACGACAUGAAGAUGCAGCACUACUUUGCCAGCUUCCCGCCUCGGUCCGUCAACCCCCACGCCUACGAUGAGCGCUUGGGGUUCUGGAAGGAAGUCAUCGGCUUUGCUGUCGCAAACGCCCUGCUUGACUCGGCAACGCACACAACCCUCACGGCCGACGGUCUGAGUCGCAAGUUCAACCGCAAGAAUUGCGAGCCCAUCGGUCUGGCAACGGUUCUGAGCGAAAUGAAGGCCUCCAAGGAAAUCGUUGAGCUCAGCGAGUACAUGAGCGAAGCCGGCGUCCUAUCGUGGGUCAUUGGCAAUCUUGUGCUGGCGCCAUUGCGCUGGGGCGUGACGCAGGUCUUGGGCACCAAGUCAAGUCCACGCGAAGUCUCGGGAAGAUUCGUCUUGAUGCCGGCAGUAGCGGGGAUCGCCGAGCGCAUCCGGUCGAUUCACUCCGAAGCAUCGUCGUCGACAGACCACAUCAUGACCCUCGAGCAGUUUGGAAGUCGCUUCAGCAGUCGCGCCAGCCCCAACAGCGAGGUUCCGCUGUCGGGCGAGGAUAUCUCCAUCGUUGUUCGCUAUCUCGAGCAGCGCAUGAUCAUCAGCACCGACUACAGCGAAUCGAUUGGUGUGAUCGUCAAAUUCAAGAACCCAAAGCAUCAGAAACUGUUGCCCAUCACCGACCUGGAUCGCAACAUUGUCACCAUCAAGACCACCAUCGACACGCUCAAUCAGCAGAUCAUACAACUGGAGAGCAAAGAGACCGAGUUAACUCGCCAGGCGCAAGAGCGAGUGCGAAACCAUCAGCGAGUGCGCGCGCUGUUUUGUCUGAAGCAGAAAAAGGCCAUCCAAGAGGUGCUGCACAGGCGAAUGGAGUCUCUCAACUCGCUGGUCUCGAUCAUGCUCAAGAUCCAAGGUGCCGAAACAGACGCAGAGAUCUUUGCUGCUUAUAGCGUUGGAGCAGAUGCUCUCAAAACCGUGCUCAACCAGAAUGGCCUCACCGUCGAGCGAGUUGACGACACCAUGGGAAAGCUUCGCGAUGUGCUUGCCAGUGAACAGGAAAUCGAAGAGGCCAUUCGCUCGGGGCAGGAGAGCCUCCACGGCACCAGCGGCAUUGACGAUGACGAGCUCGAGCGCGAGCUUGACCAACUCCUGAACCAAGAGCAGGCCACAGAGGCACGGCGUGCCUCACCACAGAGCCACCUGCUGCAUGCACUUGAAUCCCUCCCUGCACCAUCCGCUUCGGUGCCUGUCACAGAGGCGCCGUCGAGCAAGCGGGACAGGCUGGAGAUGCCUCUUGAGGCCAUGUAGCCGGGAGCGCACCAUUCGCCCGCAUCACCAACACAACUAUGCUAGUCCCUUCGAUGACCCUGCCGAGUUGUUUGAGCUCGCUGUCUGUUGCCUUCUUCCCAGCCCAAGUGUCGCGGGACCCACAGACCAGACAUACUGCCGUAUUGGCUUGGAGCACGCAUCCACCAUCGCUUCGCAUCCA